AAUAUACCGUACAUUCAUACCGUACAAAAAAAUAUCAAAACAGAGACGAUGCGAAAAUAAAAGUCAAUAAUAAUGUUUCUGUUUAUCAGCCGUCCCAUGGGGACGCUGGGCAGUCGCAUGCAGGCGAUUCGCGAGCGUCUCGGCGAGGAUGUGGCCGGCAGGUUGGAUGCACUUCAUCUGAAUGCCCUUAGGACGGGUCUGGUGUCCAUGGAAGAUUUGCAAGAGGCCUAUCGCAAGACCCGCGACAUAAACCUCAAUCCCAAUCGCCUGAAUCACCUUUGGCUAGUGGGCAUCGUUUUCUUCAUACUGGUGGCCACGCCAGUCUUUUACGAGACCAUCUCGUUUCUGCUCGGUGUGCGCUGCUUUCUGCCCAACAACUACCUGGUGUGGGAGGCCACGCGGCCCAUCAGCGAUUGUUCAUUCUGCAAGGGCGUGCGAGGUCCUCUGAUUCUGUCGAACCUAACUCGCGAAGAGUUUGCACCCCACGCAUACUCCUCCCUGCCCAUCAUUGUGAAGAAGGCUGUGGCCCAUUGGCCAGCGCAGAAGAGGAUGAGCUUUGGCUACAUCAGGGAUCUGUAUGACAGUGUGCCCGGCUCCACAGACUCCAUGUGCCAAUUCCAGCACUUCAACUCGGACAUGAAGUCCCUCAAAGAGAUCUUCGAGAUGCCCUUGGGGCGAUCGAAUCUCAGCCAGGGAGCACCUUGGUUUGUGGGAUGGAGUGUCUGCCAUCCUACAGUGCUCGCGGAGCUAAGGAAACUCUAUCCCCGACCACAUUUCCUGCCCGAAGAUGCCGAAAUGCCGCACACGGACUUUAUCCUAAUGGGCUACGAACAGGGCGCUGUGAUGCAUCUGGAGUACAUACCGCGACUGAUGUGGCAAGCGCAACUGAAGGGCAACAAGAGCUGGUACUUGGCUCCUGCUCCCGAAUGCGAUCAUCAGUGUCAGCCGUUUUCCUUCUAUGUGGAGCCCGGAGAUGCCGUUCUGGUGGAUACACGCCUCUGGUAUCAUGCCAAUACCAUACCCAAGGGGCAGUUCUCGCUCACCAUUCAGUCCGAGUACGGGUGACGGUGUCCACCCGGUCCACUCCUCCAUUGAAAGUCUGAAAUUGUUCAUUUAAUAAAAAUACUAAGCUAAUUGAAUUUCAA